CAUUGACGUGAUUACUGAGUUUACUAUCGAACGUUUGUUGUUGAGCAGUGACUACAAUUUCCAUUGUAGUACUUAGUUUUAGUAAUUAUAUUGUUGUACUUAGUAGUCUUUCGUUUUAUUAUGUUCUAAUGUCUUGAAGUUUCAACGUAUUCAAUAUUCAAUCGACUUAUGUCGUGUUGCACAGAGAGCCGAGUUCUCGCCUUGGUACAUUUGUGUUUUUCUUGCAUUUGUAUAUUAACAGUCUGAAGUUGAUUAGUUCCUAAUCCAUCAAAAUGGAAACUAUUUAUCCAAAUAGCGACGAAAUCAAAUUUCGAAAAGACAAUUAUGGAGAUGUUGAAGAAAUUUUGAACUGUAAAGUUGAAUGUACAAUUUGUAAUGAUGAUCUAUUACAUGAAAUUAUUUCAAAGAAAAUGAUAAUGGUUCAUCAAAGUCAUCUAUUUCUGUGUUGCUACAACUGUUUCUACAAACUAUGUGAAGGCAAUAUGUAUAGUUGUAUCUUGUGCAAAUCCAACAGUGAUCUAUCUAAUUGUAUUAAAUGCAAUUUCAAUGUUUGCCAUCGAUGUGUUGAAAAUCAUGAAAUUGAUAAAGUAUCUGUUGGUGUUUUAAAUGAAUGUUUCAAUUGUGUACCAAAAAUGUUGUGGAAAAAUAGAGCUCUAGCUGCUAAUGUAUUAAAAGUAUUUUCUUCUCAACUAUGUCUGCCAAAUGGUUUAUUAGUAAAUGAAAUUGAUCAUAAACAAACUGUUCGAAAAUACUUAGUAAACGAGGCUAAAAUUGGACAAAAUUCCAAAAUAAACAAUAUUAAAAACAAUUUAUGCAUUAAUUUCAUUUUUAAAUCAUAUAAGUCAUCUAUAAUAAAUGAACUGUUAACAUUUUCUUCUAAAGAUCAUGAUUCAAUUAAUGAUCAUUUAACUGAAUUCAUCAAUAUUUGUGAACAUGUUUUAGAGAAAACGUGUUCUACUUUAACCAAUUUCAAGAGAAUAUUUAAUAUUAACUCACAUUUGAGUCCUGGAGUUUCUGCUAUAAUAAAAUCUUUAUUGAAGCCUGUGGAUGAAGAUGAAAAUAUGUUAGUAAAUAAUUCAAUAUUAAAUGGAAAUUCAAAUAAAAAAACCAAAACCAAAAGAGCCAAUCUUUUAAUUAAAACACCAAUCUUAUCUACUGAAAGAAGUUUAAGAUCACGAAAGAAACAGAAAGUUGAUACCAAUAAUUUAAGCACAAACAUUUCUUCUUCAAGUGUGCAACUAAAAUCUUUAUCUCCAGAUGAAUUUUCAGCAUUAGAGAAAGAUAAAAAAUUAGCUGUUGUAUUAGAACGGUUGGAUGAUUCUGUUAUAUCAAGUAUAAUAAGUAAUAGGUCGUCUAAUAAAAUUAAUCUCGAUUUGGAAAAAGAUGAAAUAGCUCAUCCUUUAAAUUUAUUUGACGAUAAUAGUGAUAGUGGUAAUAAAAGAGAGUAUACAAAAAAAUUGAGAAAUCGUACACUGAUGAAAACUAAUAAGAUAAAAAACCAGGCUAAAAACUCAGCUAAAAGUAUACUUAAUGAAAAAUCUGACGAUGAAAAAGAAAAUGAUAGACUGAUUAAUUUAAAUGCCAUUGGAAAGUGUUCUAAAAGAAAAGUUGUAACUGAUGAUGAAGAUAAUUCUGAUGAUACCAAUAAUAUAAUACCAACUAAAAAUACAAGUUUAAAAGUAACUCCAAAAAAAUCAAAAGAUGACAUAAAUAAGUUAGAAACCAUUCAUCAAUUCCUUUCAACUCUUGAUGGAACCGAUUCUGGUACUGAUAAUGAUUCUCAAAAUGAAGAAUAUUCUUUAAAAUCGGUAAAAUCUAUUUUUACUGAAAUUAAGAAUUCUGUAGGAAUUCCUCAGAUUAAUACUGAAGACAACAGUGACAUUGAAAGUGAUUAUAGCUCAAUUGAUGAUGUGAUAAAUUCAUGCUUAACUGCUUGUAAAAGACGUAGUAUUGAACAUUAUCAUAAAAAGACUCAAGAACCUCAAUCAAACAUAAAUGAUAUGGAUACUGUUUAUGAAUCUGAACUUGAAAAUGAAGACAUUGAAAUGUCAGAAGAUUCAUCAAAUGUACAUAAUAAUACAACUAUUGUUACUCGUUCAAGACAACUAUCUCCAUUUAAAAUGCCAUCAAUGAGUGAUGAUGAAAGUGAUUUCAAUUUUAAAAUCAAAUCAAAAACAAAAGGAUCAAAAAGAAAGCUGUUAACAUCAAACUCGUCUAAAGAUUCAGAUUCUUCAUCAAAAUUUUUUAAAAAUACACCAAAAAGAAAAUUCAAUAAUCAUGUUAGUAAAGCUAACUUAAUUGACUUGAUUAGUAAUAGUAACAGUAACAGUAGCAAUUAUAGUAGCAGUAGCAGUUCAAAUGAGGAUUCAUCUCCUUUGAUACAUGUUAGAAAACGGAAAAGAAUUAAAAAUCUGUCUUAUGAUGAAUCUGAAGAAGUAAAUAAUUCUGAUAGUGAUGCAUUGAACAAUCAUCCUUUGCCCAAAAAAGGGCGAAAGAAUAUUCGUAAAAUGAUAAAAAAAUCACAUCUCAGUGAAGAAACGCAAAGUGCUUUAAAAGAAGAAGAAUUACGUAAGAACCGUGUAAAAAGGCGUCAACAAGAAUACAAUAAAUUUUGUAAUCUGCCAAAACCAUUGGAACAAUGUAAAAAGUUGGUAUUGGAUUUUGAUGAAAAUACAAUGGAAGAACUUGUUACAGUUCAUCCAGAUCUUGUUAAAUUUCUCAAACCUCAUCAGGUGAAAGGAGUAACAUUUUUGUGGAAUUCUGUGUUUGAAUCGUUGACAAGAAUAAAAGAACAUAAAGGAAAUGGAUCUAUCUUAGCUCAUUGUAUGGGUCUAGGAAAAACUCUACAAGUUAUAACUUUAAUUCAUACAUUAUUUAGAUAUCCAGAAACUGGUGUUAAAACUGUUUUAAUAAUUACUCCUAACGCAACAAUUGAGAAUUGGUGUAAAGAAUUUUAUAAAUGGUUACAUGAUAUUGAUGAUGAAAAACAUUUUUUAGUACUUAACUUGACCGAUUCAAAAACAUAUGAAGGUCGUAAAAACAUUAUUGAUGAAUGGAUAAGAGAACAUGGUGUAUUAGUUACGAGCUAUCAGUUAUUUAGAUCUGUUAUUAAUUUCAAGAAUAUUGACAAGUUCCCUACUAUAUCUAAAGGUCUUGUUGAUCCAGGACCAGAUUUGAUCAUAUGUGAUGAGGGACAUGUAUUAAAAAACCAUAGCACUGCAACAUCAAAAGCAGUUAAUCGUAUUAAAACACUAAGAAGAAUUGUAUUAACUGGAACUCCACUACAAAAUAAUUUAAGAGAAUAUCAUUGUAUGGUUGAUUUUAUUCGACCAAAUUUAUUAGGAUCAAUAAAAGAUUUUACUAAUCGUUUUAUAAAUCCAAUCACUAAUGGACAAUACUCUGAUUCAACUGCACAAGAUGUAAAAAUAAUGAAGAGAAGAUCUCAUGUUUUACAUAGAAUGCUUGAAGGUUUUGUACAGAGAUUUGACUAUAGUGUUCUUACACCUUUCUUGCCACCUAAGCAUGAAUAUGUAAUUUAUUUGAAGAUGGCUGAUAUACAAAUAGAAUUAUAUCGGAAAUAUUUAGAUGAUCACAGACAAACAGAAUUAUUUAGUAAUUACCAUGUGCUUCAAAUGGUUUGGACCCAUCCUAAAUUAUUACCAUUAUACUUGAAACGAUCUGAAUCAAAACGAGAAAAACUAAAAUUAAAAAACACAGAAUCACGUUUGUUAAAUGAUGAAACUAGUGAUAUUAAUUCUAAUUCAAAUUCUAUUGAUGAAGUUGAAAUUCUAGGUUAUGAUUUGCCAAGCACUAAGAACUCAGAUAUGCAUUACCUUGACUGGUGGAAACCAUUAAUAUCAAAAGGAAAAUUUGAUUCAGUAUAUCCGUUUUCAAAGUUUAUGAUGAUGUUUUCAAUUCUUCAAGAGUGUGAAAAUAUAGGUGAUAAAGUAUUACUAUUCAGUCAGUCUUUAUUUACUCUUGAUAUUAUUCAAGAUUUUUUGGAAAACGCUGAAGAUAUAGAUGAUGAAAUGGGUCCUUAUGGUAAAUCUUGGAACCACGGAAUAGAUUUUUAUAGGAUUGAUGGUUCAACUAGUUUAAAAGCAAGAGAGGAUUGUUGUGUAAGAUUUAAUGAUGUCAAUAAUCAUAAAAUGCGUCUUUUAUUGUUGUCGACAAAAGCUUUUAAUUUAGGUAUUAAUCUAGUUGGAGCUAAUCGAGUUAUUAUUUUUGACGUGACUUGGAAUCCAUCUCUUAAUGUUCAAAGUAUAUUUCGUGUGUUUAGAUUUGGACAAAAUAAACCAUGUUAUAUUUAUAGAUUAAUUUCUGAGGGUACAAUGGAGCAAAAAAUAUAUGAACGUCAAAUAUCAAAGUUAUCUACUGCUUUCCGUGUAGUUGACGAACAUCAAAUUGAUCGUCAUUUUAAUUUGAAAUGCCAAGAAGAACUUUAUGAAUUUGAACCAAAUACUACCAAACCCAAAUCAACAUUAAAUUUACCUAAGGAUCGUUUGAUGGCUGAGUUAAUAUUGAAACACAAAGACCUUGUAAUGGACAUAUUAGAACAUGACUCAUUAUUACAAAAUAAUGAGGCAGAAGAAUUAGAUGAAAAUGAUAGAAAUGCAGCAUGGGAGGAUUAUGAAAAAGAAAGAGAUGGAGUUCAGAUAAACAAUCUAAAUCCAAGUAUUUUUCAAGUCUCCAAGUCUUCCGACGAUUUAGUUUUGUACAAUACUUUAAGAAAAAUAUUUCCUCAAGCUUCAACGUUACAACUUAAUGAUAUGUUUAUACAAGUAAAGAAUGCUCAAAAUGUUGAACAAUGAAAUGCAGUUAAAAUUGUUUUUGUUGUAUAGCAUAGUUUUUUUUUCAUUUUAUUCUAUGUAUUAAU